UGCUGCUUGGAGCUAUCAGGAUCUAUAUAAGGGUUUUAGCUCUGGUCUUGGGAGACAGAAAGCCAAACCCUUUCUGCACCAGCAAGGUUCCUCAUCAAGAUGGGCACCGUGCACUACCUCCUGCUUUGUGCUGUCAUCUUCCUGCCUGAGACUCCUGCUUUUCCAAUACAACUGAGACCAGCAUCAUGGAGCAGCAUAGAUCUGGAAAAAGUAAAGAGAUAUCUUGAUACAUUCUUUCCAAUUUUGUCAAAAACACAACACCUAAGCAUAGAAGAAAGGAUUAAAGAAAUGCAGAAGUUUUUCCACCUGACUGUAACUGGAAAAUUAGACAAAGAAACUGAAGAAAUAAUGACAAUGCCCAGAUGUGGUAUGCCUGAUGACAUUCAUGAUGAGGGAGACAGAAAUUUCCGAGUUGCGCAUGGUGAUGGAUCUCCUUUCGAUGGAAGAGGUGGCACGCUGGCCCAUGCAUUCGCACCUGGAGAUGGGAUUGGUGGAGAUGCUCAUUUUGAUGAUGAUGAGAAAUGGUCAGAUAUCAAUCAAGAUAUCAAUUUGUUCCUCGUUGCUGCUCAUGAAUUUGGCCAUUCUUUGGGACUCACCCAUUCCAGUGACCGUGGAUCUCUCAUGUACCCUUACUACUCAUAUCAGAACCCGAAAACUUUCACACUUCCAGAAGAGGACAAGCGAAGAAUUCAGAAGUUAUAUGGACAGCAUGGUAGUGCUCCUGACUGCAUACUUCUUUAG